UAGUACUAUCUAGACUAGAAGGGUGUGAGCUGGGGUAAGAACAAAUUUCCCAUGUUAUUAUCUACAUGGCCACCCUGGUACAUUGCUGUAGCAGUUGCCAUUGCCUUUUAUCGUACUCCACACUCCUCCAUCCAAUGUCAUCACGCCACGUCAUCUCUGGUUUCACUCACGCGCGCUUUGCUCGCUAGAAAACUCUACCCCGAAACUUCGUUAACUUCCACAACUAACGAUUUUACCAACGUUAGUUGCUUGCCACCUUUAUUCCAUAAGCAAACAGAAAAAACCAACAGACAGAAAACCAAAAGGUGUCUUCUUCUCAUUCAAUUUUUUCUUUUACUUCAAUUCAUCCAAAUCUGAAUCCGAAACAAUAAUAAGAUGUCAAAUCUCAACGGUAGUGAUUCGCCGAAGAUACACGUUGAGACUCCGCCAGUGGCGCCUUCUGCGCCGAGCGAGGGCCACCACGCGGCGGCGAGCGGCGGGAUUGGCGGAAUUCUGCGGCGGUGGAAGAGGGAGGACUUGAUCAAGAGAGGGUCGUUGGGACUGAGAGGGAUCGCGCUGCUUUUCUGUCUGAUUUCGUUCAUUAUCAUGGCCAGCAAUAAACAUGGGGAUUGGAGAGAGUUCGAUAAAUAUGAAGAGUACAGGUAUUUGCUGGCUAUAGCGAUUUUGUCUAGUUUGUACACUGGAGCCCAAGCGUUCCGUCAAAUUCAGGAACUCUCCACUGCAAAACAAUUGCUUCAGCCAAGAAUGGCAGCUAUGAUUGACUUUUUUGGAGAUCAGAUCAUUGCAUAUCUUUUGAUAUCAUCAGCAUCUUCAGCAAUUCCAAUGACAAAUAGAAUGAGAGAAGGGGCAGACAAUAUAUUCACAGACUCUUCAGCUGCAGCCAUUAGCAUGUCAAUUUUUGCCUUCUUGUGUCUAGCAGUAUCUGCCCUCAUUUCAGGCUACAAAUUAUCAACUCAACCUUAUAUAUGAAGUCUUAACUUUGCAAAACUCUCCUACUACAGUUUCAUACUUCUAUACAAAUCACUUUUUUCUGUAUAUUAAUGAGAAAAGGAGUCAGGCCUCACCUCUCUGGCUCGGUGCAUAUGUAUACAGUGAGAUUUGAUAUUGAUUUCAUAUACGAAUACAUGUAAUGUUUAAUCAUUUUUCUUGUACUUGAGACUAUUUAUUGACCAAUUUGGCCAAAAAAAGAUUAUGUGGUGAAUGCAUUAUCUGAAUUUGACUGUGAGACGCAAGCAAUGGCAGUCAGAAGACUCUGAAUUUGAUU